AUGCCACGUAAGCUACGUAAGAAUAUACGUAAGAGGAAGGGAGCAUUGAAACAUCCAAUAGUAAAACUGACACCACAACAACAGUUGCAACAACAAAUGCUGAAUGACCCCACUAUGUUGCAACAAAUGUCAAGCAACCCUAUGCUUUUAAACCGAGUUAUUGGUGCACAGAGUGGAGGUUUAAGAGCGGCACUUUUAGCGAAAAUGGCAGGCUAUGGUGGAGCUGCAGACGGAACAGCUUAUAACCCUCAAAGUCAAAUGAAUUUGAGUUCACUCAAAAAUCAAAUAACAGAUGUCAAAAAGUCAAACAUAGACAUACAGAAACAAAUAAGUGAAAACGAAAAGAAACUAGAAUAUGACAGACACACAAAGAAACUCAAUGAGUUAAACGUAGAGAAAAAGAAGAAAGAAGAACAACUGAAAGAACUAAGUACAGAGGAAUAUGCGAAAAAAGUGUCAGAAAAAGCAGCAGAAGUAGCAAAAAUGGAACAAGAUGUCAUAAAUUUGAAAAACCAUACUACUCAAUAUAAAGUACUGAAAGAUGAAGAAAUAAAACAAAAAGCCCUGAAGACAUAUAUGGAUAGCGAUGAGUAUAAAAAAGAAGUUGAAGCAAAUGUAAAGGCAGAAAAACUUUUACAGUUGCAAAACCAAACCGUACAGUAUGAAAACUUAGCACAAGAAAGUAAAAAUAACGACGCGGCUAUGCAAAAGGCAAUGAAAAGCUCAGAAUAUAUAAAAGCUAACAAUGACUGGUUAGAUGCCCAAGCCAACGCUAAAGCAGCCCAACUCAUAGGGUCAAUAAGGACAAAAAUACAAGCGGAUGAAGACAGUUCAAAUGAAGCUUUAACAAAUGCUGACUUUAAGAACGCCUUCGAAGCUCUUCAUAGUAAGGUGAAACAAGUGAACGACUUCUCAUCUGGAAAGAAACUGAAGUCUGAAGGUUUCGACAACGAGUUAAAAGAAGUAGCACAAAAUAUGACGAAAAUAACAGAUGCAGCAACGAGACAGGCAGUUCAAAGUGCCUAUGACGCCGUUAGAGCAACUGUUGUGAAAAGUCAAGAAAAAGAGUUACAACAGACCAAAACAGACCUAGUAAAUGCUUUCUUAAGAACGAAAAGUCAGGUAGGACAUUACGCUGCAGAUGGAACAUAUGUGCCAGCUGGUGGAACUUAUAUACCACCAAACCCUCCAAGAGAAGCACCUGCACCAGGACUACCUAGAACAUUUACAUCGUCA